GUGUUUUAUGGUUGUCGCCCGUUCAAUGGUUCAAAGUUCAAACGGUACUGUUUUUGAGAGGAGAGAGAGUUGGGAUGAGGUGAGAGUAUGAGACCAUCAGAGAAGCACUGAAGAAGAUGCUUGGAAGGUUUUCAAGGCGUUGGUUUUGCACUGCUUCUCCUCGACCAUGGCUGUUUAUCGGCCUAGGCAACCCUGGUGAGAAAUACCAAGGAACAAGGCACAAUGUAGGAUUUGAGCUGAUCGAUGCGUUCGCCGAAUCACAAGGUAUUACGAUGGAUAAGGUUCAGUGCAAAGCCCUCUUUGGUCAAGGUUUCGUUGGCGAUGUGCCGGUUCUCCUUGCGAAGCCGCAGACAUAUAUGAAUUUGAGUGGGGAAUCCACUGGACCACUUGCAGCAUAUUUUAAGCUACCACUGAAUCGUGUGCUGGUGUUUUUUGAUGACAUGGAUUUGCCCUGUGGAGUGCUUCGUCUACAACCCAAAGGAGGACAUGGAAGUCAUAAUGGUGUGAAAUUCCCAUUAAUCAGGCUGAAGAGUGUAAUCUAUCAUUUUCGUGGGAAUAGGGAAUUUGGUCGGCUAAGAAUUGGUAUCGGAAGACCUCCGGGACAAAUGGAUCCCAAGGCUUUUUUGCUCCAAAAGCCAAAUGCAGGGGCCCGUGCACGAAUUGACACUGCUUUGCAAGAAGGGGUUGAUGCAUUGAAGCUCCUCCUAUCCAAAGGUUUUACGGAGAGUGCUAGAUGCUUCAACAGAGAGCAGAAAUACAAGCAUAUAAGGCUGCAGACAUUACCAACUUGAAAUGCAAUUUUUGAAGAUUCAUUUGUUCUAUUAAAUAAAGUGGCCUUGGCUUGUAUGAUCUUGAAAGUUUGAGCUGCCAGCAUCUUCACAAGGGUUCUGGAGAGCACACACCUCAUGCAAGGGGAAAGAAAAAAAAAACAGAGGUUUCCCCUUUAGCCCCAUGGGAUUCCAUGGAAAAGGAACUUCAACUGGGUUAUUAACCUCCCCACCCCCGUUUCUUUGUUUUUGUUCAUUUCUUUUAAGGUGUAUGGAUUGUUUGAUGGACACUGAGCACCAAAGAGAUCGAAUGUUAUAACAGUCAAAACAACUGUAGUCCAGAAUGGUAUCUGACUGCAGUUUUUUAGGAUAAUUCAAUCAAUCUAACUUUGUAAUCUGUUUCACACAGGAGUAUUGAUGAGGUAAUUUCUGCUUC